CUAAGCAUGUGUUGUGAUUGUAGCCCUGGCUUUCUGCGUACGAGAUAAAUGUCAGAUUUCAAAUAUAACGCCUUAAUAUGAACUGUCUCAAUGUUUUCUGAAAUACUAGUGGUCUUUGUAAUAUCCAAAUAACGUCCGAAGAAUGGAUAAUUUUAUAUACAGCUGUGGACAGCCAGCCUGCUUUGAACGUGAUUAUCUUGGACUACAAAUAAUUUACUGACAAAGUUUUGUGCUUCACUGUAGUUCAACUAUUUUUAUUUGAUGCAAAUUCGUCUCUAGAUUGGGAAUGGCUCAAACUGUUAUGUCGUCAUGCCAUCAGCAUCUGAAGAAAUGUUUUCAGACCCUGGAUAUGACUAACAAAGCUUGGGACUUGGUGCUGGCUGAAUGCAGACCUCUGGUCAGUUCUCUUGGGAACCUUGGAGAGCAGCUACGGGCUCUGGACAAUGUACGGCUCGAUGUCACUCCACUGCAUCGCUUUCCUGAUUUUAAGGAACGCUUGCGCUUCAAACUUUUACUGGCUGUAGAUGUGGUAUUGGGCAAGCUGACAGAUAAAGUAGAUGAGUUUCAAAAGUUGCUGAAAACGUUGGGCAUCCAGGUGUCUGCAGCGUUCCAGUUUUACGAGCAGAACACUGAUACCCUGGACCUGGGCACCUGCACGUUGAGAACGGCCACAUCUCCGUCCAUAGCGGACAUGCUGGAGUGGAUACAGGACGCACACGCCUACUACCGCUCACAAUUCCAGAGGCGAAAACAUCUGUUGCAAGUACUGAAACCUGACGAUCUUGCAGCGAUGGAAGAGGUUUCUAAAAGAUGGGAGUCCUUUUACUCUCCUGAGGGAGAGGAGCGUAUUGAAGAUACGCUGUCCAGAGUCAGCCUUUUUAUUGACUCGUAGCAACUGACACCCUGAAGAUGUGGAGGAACAAGGAGGUGUAAGGAUACCUAUCACUUCCACUCUCCAGCGUACACCACGAGCAGACAGACACACACUUCCCUGCUUCUUGGAAUAAGAAAGAAAAAAUAAAAGACUGCGUAUGUGCUUUUCUAGUCAGACAGAGGCAAGGCAUCCAAAGGCAAGCAUCCAAGACCAAGCAUCAGUAUUGGUCAACAGCUUCUAAGGCUGGAGGGUGGAGGAGAGGCUGUGUGCACAGUGGAUACCAAACUGAACCCAGUCAGGGCUGUCUGACAUCGACUCGAGAAGUGCAAGCAAGCCUCGUGUUGUGUGAGACUGUGAUAAGUUACUGAAGAACAGUUUACUUUUGGCCCUAUCUAUCGUGGCUCUAACGGUAGGGCACUGACUGGGCUGCUAUGCCCGCGACCCGGGUUCAAUUCCGGACAGGGUCAUUUGCCAAACCUUCCCCAUCUCUCUCACAUCACUCAUCACUCGUUUCCUGUCUCUCCUCUACUGUACUAUCAUAAAUAAAGUCAAAAAGACCAAAAAAAGAACAGUUUGCUGUUGAGGAAUGGGGUGAACAAUGUAGGAUCAGUGGAGCGGUACACUAUGAUCAUGAUAAUGAGGUUGAUCAUCCUGGUUUAGUUAACCCUAGGGAUGUAAAUAAAAAUCGAAAUGUAUCGAUGUAUCGGCCGGCGAUUUAAUCGAAUCGCAUCGUAUCGUGGGGCAUUCUUAAGAAUCGAAAAGAAUUGAAUCGCUGGCCCCUGUUCAAUGCCCUAGCUCCAUAACACAAUAGUAGUGGAAAAGUAAUUGGAAAAAAUGGAAUCGAACCGAAUCGCAUCGUAUCGUGGGGAAUUCUUAAGUAUCGAAAAAAAACGAAUCCCUGAUUUAAGAAAUUGAUACCAUAUCGUAUCGUCAUGAAGGCUGUGAUUUACACCCUUAGUUAACCCAGAGGUAGGUGUAAAGUAGCCAGGCCGUGCCCUCCUAGUGACGCUACACCUUCAGCGUUGCUUCUAGUCAGGCCAAGAGCAAUACAAAUAUCGUUUCUG